CGUCCAUGCAACAACGAAAGGGGCAAGAAAAACGGCGAAGCGUUAAACGAGAAAAUGGGGUAUCAUUUGGGAGGAAUCUGACUUGAAUUUCAAAGAGAGGUGAAGUUCUGAAUAAGAAACUGCUGGUCAUGGCAGAAACGGUGAAAAUUUUGAUGUUAAAAGACUUGGAUCUUACAAACAGUAAUGAUUAUAGUCACUCACAUGUUGGGAAUUACAUGUAGCAUAUUGUAACAAACAGAGACUGCACAAAAGUUGCAUUCCUGAAAAAGAAACCAUCGAAGACUGACAGAAGUAAGAUGAAGAAAGAGGAGGAGGAGAAAACAGUAGAGGAGGAAGAGGAAGAAAGGUUACGGAUUCUUGAAGAACAGAAAAGAAAACAAAUAGAAGCCAGGAUUCUGAAACUUGAAAGACAGAAACUUGAAAAUGAGGAAAAGAAAUGUCGACGUUUAGAGAUGGGGGAACUGAUGAGUAUGCUCUUUGCAAGUAAAAGUCGCCUUCAAGCUAACGAUGAUAAGAGACGCAAGGAAGCAAAGUGGGCCCGCUACAUGCGGUGUGAUGGGUCUCCUGACCCUACAAUUCAGGGGGAGAUAAACACAUACAUCAAUCUAAGGCUGGAGGACACAGCUGAGACUGAUGUUGAAAGAAUUCUGAAAGACACUGUACUUGACCUUACACUUAUUGCAGAACUUGAGUCCCUUUUGAUUGAUACUCCUCUAGAAGAUCUUCCACAGAGAGAGCGUGAUCGUUAUCGAGAGACAAUUGGAGAAAUUCAGCAUCUUGUGCAGGUGAAGUUAGAUGCCGCUUCCCUGAAAAUUCUUUGUGAUGCAUCUAGCCUGCAGGACCCAGAAACCAGCAAUCUGCAGUACACAAUCAGGAAUGCAGACAUUGUUCUUUGUGUCUGGGGCAAUCUGAGCAAAAAUCCAAGGAUUAAAUCUUUUGAGUUCACUAAUGCUGGCUGCUCCUUUGACAUCCCUCGUCAACUGACCCUGUCAGAUUGUGCCAUUCGCUAUAUGCGCACAACAUUUGACCAUUUUUCAGCUUAUAGUAAAUCAUUCUACCCCAGGUGCAAAUUCAAAGAACCAGUGGAGUUGCCCCAACCAGAAGAGGAAGUAACUAAGGAAGAGAUAGUUGAACCAGCACCAGCAGUCUUACCUGAGGGGGAAGCCAGUUUCGACCUCCAAGCACUGCUGGAACAGGAGGAACAGCGGGAACAGCGGGAACAGCGGAAAGAGCAUCGUGGGGAUAAACGUAAGAAGAAAUCAAAAGGCAAGUCAUUGAAGGGAGCAUUAACCCUGGAAGCGACCGAUGAUGACAAACCAAUUCCAGUUCAAGAACAACGCCCCGUUAUAGAGGAAGAUUAUAAAGAUCCCCCAACCCCUGAGCCAUUAGAAUGGGAGGACUUUGAUGAAGAGGAUAAUGUGGUGGACCUUAGAGCUUACCAUGUUGUAGGUGGAAUUUUCACCUUUGACCUUCUUUGCUUGCCUCCCCAACCCAAAGUGUGCAAGAACUGGACAAUCACACAGUUGGUUGUACCGGAAAAGCUGCAAUUCCUGGACUAUGUGGUGGAUGUGCCACAGGUUUCUUCUGCUCAGGAGAAGACGAGCAAAGAUAAAGAGGACAAGAGAGAUGAGAAGCCUCCCAUCAACAUCACUUUAAAUUUGCCACACAAUGUCCUCUUCUUAGAAGAACCUCAGUUAGCAUGGUGGGAUGCUAAUAAACAGUACUGGCGGACAGAUGGUCUUUCAAUCGUAUCUUUUGAUGAAGAAAAUCAGAUCCUUAAAUUCUCUGCCAGCCGAUUUGGACCAAUGUGCCUGCUGCAAGAUUCCCAUAUCAACAUGCCCUUUCAGUCAUGGGAACUGCGACCUCAUGGGAUUAAUGCUGCAGUUCUUACAAUAAUAGCCGCUAUCAGUGAAAUAGAAAUUGAGAUCAAGGAUGGGCUUUGCUGUUUGAGCAAACCUUCCAACAAACCAGAACUGUCUCAUCUCCAGAACCAGUGGGUCACAGUCAAAGAGCUUGUUGAGAACAUGCGAAAGGCUGGUCUAAAUGUGUUCCCUGCAGAAGAUUCUUCAAAGUUUGUCACUGUUCAGAAUAAGAAACCAGAUAAGCACCCUUUGAUAGUGGGGCAACUGUAUAGUCUAAUGGGACUUGUGGCUUCUGCCAUGGCCUUUUCUUGGUCAAAGUGGAACAGCGACGUCGAGUCAUCUACUGUUGUUUUGUUGGCAGCAGAAUCUCUGAAUGACGAAGCACUUUUGGAGGAGGACUGGAGUGUGUACAUGGCCACCAAACGUCGCUUCAUGAAACUCAAGAUGAAUGAGUUUGAUGAGGAAUUCAACGAGGAGAUGGCUGAAGAUAUUAAGAUAGAUUUCAGUAUCAAGGGAAUGAAACGAGCUGAUUUUAAGUCCGCGUUUGAUCACCUGGGUGAUGUUCCAACACGCCUUAGAAGGCUUACGUUCAAGUCCAACCUGUACCAUUAUGCAAAAGCAAAUUUAUCAGGGGAAGCCUUGAUGAAAAUAGACAAGACAUCCAAGGAGUUUAGUGACUGUGUGCAACAACUGUUGAACGCUACUCAGGUUUUGACAUUUUCAUAGGAACUGCACGUAUUCAAAGAUGGUAAAAGUCAUGGUUUGAAACAAAACUAUUGUGUUUGCUCAGUUUUUAUUUUCAUUAUCUAAACAUACUUAAUGUUGGGAUUUUUUUCUGUGAUAUUUUCAGGCAUACACAGAAGUCCUGACUGAUAUGCUCUUUUAUAGUUGUAAAUUCUAAUUCAUUUGUUCUUAUUAACUUUUAAAAGAUUGACAUCAAUCUGUUGCUUCUUUGAGGAGAGGACCUUUAUGGCAUCCAGUUUAGCACAUACCCUGUCUGAGCAUUUUAAAAAAGAAUUGCCACAUUCUUGUAUGAACUUCUGUAUAACAUGCAUAAAGAAUGUGGGAAACAUCUCAAGUUUCUGACUAUAAUAGGCUCUAGACUGCAUUGUUGUUUCACAUCAUACAUAUGGCUUGGUACGACAGUGAUUCUUUCUAGUUCAUGUUUUAAGAACAGACAGGUCUGUAAUGAUUACAGCUUAGUGAAUAGCAAGUACUUCAUAUGCAUUUAGCUUUUCAUAUUGUAGCCAUCAAAAUUUCUGGUUUUCUUCUCUAUUUGUUCUGUUUUUAAAGAUAUUUUAGAGGCAACUAUAGACUGCCUAGACCACUGCUUUUAUUUUACGGACUUUCAUCACUACGAUUUCUGUUUUUUUUUUUUUUUAAUUAAAAAGGCCAGUGGGAGAAAUAAUACUUUUUUUGUAUGUGAUAAUAAUAAAAAAAUUUAAAUCUUCUUUGAAUUUCUUUCAUUUUUGGAUAAAGUGUUUUAGAAUAACAGUAAGCUCUGUGUAUGGAUUAGUUUGGCACUACAGCAUUGCACAUUUUCACUCCUCAAAGUGAAGAUUAAAGACACAUUCUGCCUUUGAUAAAUGGCAGUCUCUUUUGCCCCUUUUCUCUCCCAUUUCUAUUGCUUCUGUUACAUUUAUUCAUGUCUUUUCACACUGCACAUUUGUCAUUAUGGAGGAAAGAAUAAUUCUGUGGUCAAUGUCAUUUUUUUUUAGAGUAAAAGGACACUUGUAACUCCUAAAGACAGAAGAAUCUCCAUACUAACAUCAGUGAUCUCACAUACCCACACUCAUUCACAUAUAAAGACUUCUUUAUAGCACGGUAGAUUUUUUGUUUCCUCAAUUAGCAGGAACAGCAACAGCUCAAGUUACUUACAAAUUUAUACUUCAAGUGAGUUCAAGUUAAAACAGAGGAAAAUCAAGGUUUGGUGCAUUCUUGUCAUUUAACUUCUCUAUAAAUUCUUUAAUGGUUUCAUUGCUGAAAGUCUUUCCUACAGCUAGGCACACAAAUACUUUUUUUUUACAAUAUUAAAUAUCUUCUAAAAAAAAAAA